CCGGAAGUGUAGUUAUUUUUUUUUUCAUAUUACAACAUGGACAUUAGUAAGAAGUUACAUUUAGCCUUCCUUUUAAUCCUACAAACAGAAGAUAUCUGAGUAAUAAUGUUCUCAUUCGCAUAUAGCUUACAAAGUUCAAUUUGUCACGCAGUUAAAUGUCAUUUCAGCACAGAAUAUACCACUGGGCUUUAAUACAUGUUUUAUUUUGAAGGGUUUGACCAGAAGUUGUCGUUCAGCGCUCAAGCUAACCUGAUUUUACAUGAAACGACUUCCAGGAGUUGCAAUUAAAUAGUAGUCGUGUCAGAAUUCUGGUCAGUUUUAUUUCUCAGCGACUGAAAACCUUGUAUUUAUCCAAGAUUUCUAUGUUCUGCAUCAACCCGAGAGGUUUACAGUUGACGGAUAAUUUGUCUGUUCAAAACAGAGAGUAACUUACUUCCUGUUCAGGGAGUGUGAGGACAAUUGACCCACAGUGGAUUUUCACACAGAUGUGGUAAACAGUUUACUUUGACUUAUCUGUAGAGGACGUUACUUUGCAAGAUGACACAAAAUGAGCACUUUAAAAUAAUCUUUCAGGUUUUCAAAGAAUUGGCUCCUGUCCCCACUAGCGGUAUUGUGACCGUGACGCUUUUAUCGUGUCUUUUGUUUGGCGUCCAGACGUAUUUCAACUUCACCCAGGGUGUCUUAAGCGUUGGCGCCUCUGUUUUUCAAAAUGGACACCUCCACAGACUUCUGACGUACCCUCUUUACCACAAAGACUUGGCUCAGCUUCUCCUGAGCGUUACAACCCUGGUGCUUCUCGGUGGCAGCUUGGAGAAAGGUUUCGGCACUGUCCGCUUCCUGUUCGUGUUCCUGCUGCUGUCGACCACCACAGGCUUGUUUUACAGCUUUGUGGAUCUCAUGCAAAGUGACAGCGACCAGAGUCACGCCGACGGGCUGCUUCCUGUGGCCCUGGCAUGUGUGGCCGUAACCACCAUGCACACAAAAAUGACUAGAGGGUUCCUGUGUGGAGUCAGCUUCCCCACCAUGGCUCUCCCCUGGGUGUUGCUCCUCAUCACCACCGCCCUCACCCCUCACAGUGUGCUCCCCUGCAACAUCAUUGGCAUCCUGGUCGGGUGGGUGUAUGGGAAAGGAAGACUCUCUCUUGCGGACCUGACUGAGGCCAGGGCUCGUGUUCUUGAGAAGACAAUGCCUUUCAAGUUGUUGAGGAGCAUCAGCGGGGUCAUGUUUGUACCUGCUUCCACAGAAGAGCGGAGGAAGACCCUGCUUCCACAAAUCAAUCCAACACCAGGGUCCUACCCAGUCCAGGCUUACGCUCCUUUGUCCAGCAUAAACACUGCUGAUCCCACUGCCAAGUUUUAUGAAGGCUGGCAGAAUUCCACCAACACCCCUCUGUCCACUUCAACACCACCUCUCAUUCCGCAUGGACAUGGCCCAGCACAUAGCUUUGGACUAAGUCAUGGACACAGUUCAGAGCUGAGCUCUGGACACAGCUGCAGCCACAACCAUAGUCACGGUCAACAAUAGUUGUGGUUAUGUAUUUGACUGCUGUACAACAUUCCAUAAAAGGCUUCUUUAUCAGUUGUGCAAUUUUUUUUAUUAUUAUUAUUUUUACUGUUAAACACUUGUGGGCACCUGCAGCAACUUUUGAGGAUGGAUUGUGUCAUAUACAAUGUAAAGAGCUCAGACACAUUAAGAUUAUCUUACAGUCAGCUUCUUGAAGUGUUUGUGGCAUUUCUGACAGCCUGUGUAACAAUCUGUAUAAGGAUAUGAUUUUUUUAAUAUAAUAUUUAUGCAGGUUGACUUUUGUACAUAAAC